AUCUCUGCCCACAGAUCAGCUGCAGGAGUGACGGCUCACUUGUUCCUGGAUCGAGCUGCUGGACACACGCAGAAAACACACAAUGAUGGCACCCAUGAAGAGAAACGCAGUGUAUGUCGUCGGCGUGGGCAUGACCAAGUUCGACAAACCUGGAGCCAGAGACUACCCAGAGAUGGCCAAGGAAGCAGGUGAAAAGGCACUUGCAGAUGCAGGAGUCCCGUAUUCAGCCAUUGAACAAGCCUGCGUCGGAUACGUCUACGGGGACUCCACGUGUGGGCAGAGGGCCAUCUACCACAGCCUGGGUCUCACUGGCAUCCCCAUCAUCAACGUGAACAACAACUGCUCCACAGGCUCCACCGCCCUCUUCAUGGCCCGGCAGCUGAUCCAGGGAGGUCUUGCUGACUGCGUGCUUGCGCUUGGCUUCGAGAAGAUGGAGAGGGGCUCUUUGUCUGCUAAGUACAUGGAUAGGACCAACCCCAUGGACAAGCACAUGGAGGUGAUGAUCAACCGCUAUGGGAUGUCUGCAGCCCCACCAGCACCGCAGAUGUUUGGCAACGCCGGCAGGGAGCACAUGGAGAAAUACGGCACCAAACCAGAACACUUUGCCAAGAUUGCGUGGAAGAACCACAAGCAUUCCACCAACAACCCAUAUUCCCAGUUCCAGGAUGAGUACAGCUUGGAGCAGGUGAUCAACUCCAGGAAGGUGUUUGACUUCCUUACCCUGCUGCAGUGCUGCCCGACUUCAGACGGCGCUGGAGCCGCAGUUUUAGCCAGCGAGGCCUUCGUGAGGAAGCACCGUCUGGAAGGGCAGGCGGUGGAGAUCGUGGCUCAAGAGAUGGUGACGGAUCUCACUUCCACGUUCGAGGAGAACAGCUGCAUCAAGAUGGUGGGGUACGACAUGUCUCAGGCAGCAGCCAAAAAGGUCUUUGAGGCGGCGGGCCUGAACCCGAGUGACGUGGACGUGGUGGAGCUUCACGACUGCUUUUCGGCGAAUGAGCUCAUCACCUACGAGGCUCUGGGGCUGUGUGAAGAGGGUAAAGCUGGACAGCUGAUCGACAGAGGGGACAACACGUAUGGAGGCAAGUUUGUGGUCAAUCCCAGUGGGGGUCUCAUCUCUAAAGGACAUCCUCUCGGUGCCACAGGGCUGGCCCAGUGUGCAGAGCUGUGCUGGCAGCUGCGAGGGCAGGCAGGCCGGAGGCAGGUCCCGGGGGCCAGGGUGGCCCUGCAGCACAACAUCGGCCUGGGGGGAGCGGUGGUCGUCACGCUUUACAAGACUGGGUUCCCGCAGGAAGCCAGGUCCAGCAUACGUGCAGUCAGUACGGGCUCAGGCAGCGGCCUGGAGGCGUUCAAGGUUUACCCCAUCUUCAGGGAGAUUGAAAAACAACUGCAGCAGGAGGGAGAGCAGCUUGUGAAGAAGAUCGGGGGCGUGUUUGCUUUUAAUGUGAAGGACGGUCCUGAUGGGAAGGAGGCCAUCUGGGUCGUGGAUGUGAAGAAUGGCAAAGGCUCCGUCCUGAACGGCCCAGGUCACAAGGCCGACUGCACGUUGACCAUCGCUGACAAAGACCUGCUGGAUGUGAUGAGUGGACAACUGAACCCACAAAAUGCGUUCUUCAAAGGGAAACUGAAGAUCACAGGAAACAUGGGCAUGGCGAUGAAGCUGCAACAUCUCCAAGUCGCGUCGGGGAAAUCCAAGUUGUGAGACUUGAGCUCUUUGUUCAGUUAAUUCAGCUACUCAGCACGUGAUUUAAAACCUGAGAUAAUGUGCCUGCUGCUGAGGUCCAGUCUGUGAGGCAGCGCUCCUGAUACUUGUGUCUGAUGUUUUCAGCCUGAAUUUUGAAGCAUCAGUGAGUUUUGGGGAGUGGAAAUGAGCUGACAUGCUACUCUGUAAAUCCUCCUGAAUUUCUAUGUAAUGAUGCUGCUUUUGGUCUAAAACAUGUUUUGAUCCUUAACUGUUUUGAUAAAUAACUCCAAAGAAUCUGUAAAUGCUAGAAAUGACCUAAUUUUUUUACUAAUUUAAAUAAAAAUGGACAUUAAAUGGA